AUGGACCGGGGAGAUAAUAACGCCCCACCACAAUUUGUCCAACAUCCAGUCAGUCAAGUGACUGUCAAUGAAGGCGAUAGCAUUAUUCUUAAAGCCGUUGUCAGGCCCGCUGGUGAUCCCACACUUGAUGUUCAGUGGCUCAAGAAUGGUGUUGUUCUUUCUGCCUGUGAUCUACUCGACAAUUCUGAAUUGUUGGAAUUCGAAGACAGUAUUUAA